AUGAUAGAGGGUGGGAUUGAGGCAGAAGUUGCUGUGAAUGGUACAGUUGAGGGUGAGGUUGAUGUGGAGACUCAGACUGAUGAAGAACAUGUUGUGGUGGGUGGGGUUGAGGUGGAAGUUGGAGUGGAUGUUGCAGGUCAAGGUGAGGGUGAUGAUCAUAUGGAGGCUGCAGUUGAUGAAGAACAUGUUAGGGUGGAAGUUGGUGUAGGUUGUGCAAAUAAGGGCGAGGGUGAUGUGGAGGUAGAGGUUCAGGCUAAUGAAGAAGUUAUAGUGAUGAGUGGGGUUGAGGUGGAAGUUGAAAUGGAUGGUGCAGGUGAGGGUGAAAUGGAGGGUGAGCCUGAUGAAGAACCUGUUGAAGUGGGUGGUGCAGGUGAGAAUGAGGGUGAAGUGGAGGUUGAAGCAACUGAACAACCCGAUAUGGAUGUGGAGGUUGAGGAUGAUGAAGAAGAUGCUGUGGAGGGUGAGGAAACAGACUAUGAGGGUGAUGAUGACUAUGAGGUGAGGAGUUGGACUGAUUCUAAAGAGGAAGUAAUAGGUAAGGAUGAGUUGUAUGAUGUUAGAAUUGAAACCGAGGAAUUGGAGGAUGAUCUGUUUGAUGUUACUAUUGAAGGAGCAAGUGGUUCGUCUAGAACAAACCCAAAGGGUAAAAAUGUGUUUGACAGGGGGUUGUCUGAUAAUGAAUGA